UCACCCAUAUUCUCGAAAUGAAUAUGAGGAAGGGAUUGAAGCUGGGAAUGAAUCCACUUGGUUGAAAGUGAACAGCCCAUGUGUCAAAGGGAGGGGGGGAAUGAAUGAAGCCUUAUGGGGUCCAAGAGGAGUGUGGUUUCUGGGAUCUAUAAAUAGCAGAGACCUUAAUUUUGACAAUAUCUUCAACCAUCUGCAAUCUUCACGUGCUUCUCUGCUAUCUGCCUCCUAGUUAUCAGUUUGUCUCUACCUCUGCAAUUCUUAUCCACUGCUCUUCUUUAGGCUCUUUUUAGUCAGUGAGGUCGUUUCCCGUUAAGAGAAAACUAUCAAAGGGUAGUUUUGUUCGUUACUUGACAAAGAAAGCUUUCUUAAGUAGCUUUGCAUUGCUUUACUUAACUGAUAAUUUUUAACAUGGAAAACAGAAGGCAAGAAACUGGCAAUUCUUCAUCGUCUAGAAAAUUUGAUCAUCUUUUUGGUUCCAAGAACUCUUCAUCCUCCACCACUGGGAUUUUUGGCUCUAUUUUCCCACCACCACCUACGAUGGGAAGUGGGAAAGAGUCUUCUCACAGUGGAAUAAUGGGGUCACUGAAAAAGAAGGCUGUAAGUAGCCAGGCUGAAAAUAGUAUUUUCAGUAGCAAAGAAAAGAAUUCAAUUUAUCAGAAUGAAACUGCAGAACCUUGCUAUUUCAGCUCUUCAAUAUACUAUGGAGGCCAAGAAAAUUACUCUCCAAGAAUCAAAUCCACCACUGAAUCUCCCCAUGUGCAGUUUAAGAGAGACAGGGGAGAGGAUGAUCCUGAUGGAAAUAAUGCUAACAGCGCUUCAAGAGGGAAUUGGUGGCAGGGCUCGCUCUAUUACUAAUACCUUGCCCUCAAUAUAAAGCAAAGUCGCCAUAGACAUGUAUGGAAUGGUGAUGGACUAAAAUCUUGUCACUAGAAAUAAGUGGUAGUAUUAGAAGAGAAUAGUGAAGAGAAAUGAAAUCAAGACUUGCAGCAAAAUGAUGGGUUCCUUUUUCCUAGUAGUCAACUUGAGCAAGUAUCAUAUAUGAGCUCUGAUAAUCUGAAGAGAACUUAAUGUCAUCACUCAGCCGGAAAUCUUGCAGAGUCCUUUUUGUGUAAUUAACCCAUUUUCCUUUCAGUUGAUGAACUAUGUUUUCUGGGUUUUCAGCCCACUAAAUGUUAUAAUAUGGACUGUAAACAUGAACUAGUUUAUUGAGUUAAUAUACUUUGUAAGC